UAACUUUUGUUGUGAAAUUUCCCGCACUCGUUGUUACCGGAAGCCACGAGCUCACAGGAUUCUAUUAACUCCACUCACACCACUGAGGCGUGUUUUUGGAUUGCUGACAUUCAUGUGCAAAAACACGGGCCAGGGACUUUGGAACUAAUAUCAGAAGCAGGAUGUCGAUGGACGAGGUGGUGCUUCGUGCGAGGAAGGCCUUCCAGAGUGGCAGGUCCAGACCUCUGGAGUUCCGGGUCCAGCAGCUCAAGAGCCUUCUGCGUUUCGUCCGAGACAGACAGACAGACAUCACCACUGCCCUGAAAAAAGACCUCGACAAGAGUGAACAGGCCUCGCUGCUGUACGAGGUGAUGUGCAUGGAGGGGGAGAUCUCCCUGGCCCUGGACCGGCUGGCAGAGUGGGCGGCGCCUCGGCCGGUGGAGAAGACCUUGCUCACCAUCACUGACCAGGUGUUCAUCCAGCCGCAGCCCCUGGGGCUGGUGCUCAUCAUCGGAGCCUGGAACUACCCCUGGGUGAUCACCAUUCAGCCUCUGAUCGGGGCCAUCGCUGCGGGUAAUGCAGCCGUGGUGAAGCCCUCAGAGGUCAGCGUCCACUCUGCCAAGGUCAUGCAAGAGCUGCUCCCCCUAUACCUGGACCAGGAGAUGUACCCCGUGGUGUUGGGGGGGGUGCCGGAGACCCAGGAGCUGCUGAGGCAGCGCUUUGACCACAUCUUCUACACGGGGAGCAGCAGUGUGGGGAAGCUGGUGAUGGAGGCCGCCGCCCGUCACCUGACCCCCGUCACCCUGGAGCUGGGGGGGAAGAGCCCCUGCUACAUACACAAGGACUGUGACAUCAGCACGGCCUGCAGGAGGAUCACCUGGGGCAAGUUCACAAACUGCGGCCAGACCUGCAUCGCCCCCGACUACAUCCUGUGCGAGCCCACCAUCCAGGACCGGGUGGUGCAGGAGAUCCGGAAGAGCGCGCAGGAGUUCUACACGGACGACCCCGAUGCCUGCCCGGACUACACCCGCAUCAUCAACCCGCGCCACUUCAAGAGGCUGAUGGGCCUGAUGGAGGGCUGCCGCGUCGCUCUCGGAGGGACGGGCGACGAGACGCGCCUCUACAUCGCCCCCACAGUCCUGACGGACGUGUCCCCCGACGCCAGGGUGAUGCAGGAGGAGAUCUUUGGCCCCCUGUUGCCCAUAGUAACGGUCAGCGGGGAGGACGAGGCCAUUCGCUUUAUCAACGAGAGAGAGAAGCCCCUGGCCCUGUACGUCUUCUCCUCCAGCAAUAAGGUGAUCAAGCGCUUCAUCACGGAGACCUCAAGUGGUGGAUUUCUAGCCAACGACUGCCUGGUACACUACACCAUCAGCGCCCUGCCCUUCGGUGGAGUGGGUAACAGCGGGACGGGGUGUUACCACGGCAAGCACACGUUUGAUCAGCUGAGCCACCUGCGCGGGUGCCUGGUGAAGCCGCUGGGGUUCGAGAGGGUGAACGGCGUCCGCUACCCGCCGCACACGCCGAGGAAGCUGCGCUGGGCCUACUUCCUCUUCCUGCGGCGGAUCAACGUGGCGCACCUGCGCCGCGCGGCCCUGCUCGCCGCCUUCGCCGCCCUGGCCGCGCUCCUCGCGCAGAGGUUUCGGCGGAGAUGCUGAGGUGGAUGUGUCGGUACCGGUGACUGGACCGGAACCGGACGCGAGAGAGCAGCCAAGUGGAUUAACGCAAAGCUGGACGGGGAUCAGCCAGUCCCUGGCCUGCGCAUCUGAAGCUUCCAAAUCAUGAACGUUAUUCUCCUCACGCGCCAUGUCUCAACUGCCAUUUCCCAGUCCGUUUUAAUGCGAUGUUGAAGUUAAACUUAAAAGCAGUUAAAACGGACAUAGCACAAAAAAGUAAUUUAAGCUUUAUUAGAGCUUUGAACUUUGCGUGAACCAAGAGAGAUUAGGUCAUUUUUGUAUUGUUUGGGUGAGUUUAUGGGAUUUUUGAUGAUUCGAGGCUUUUCUGCUUUAUGGAAAUAAAGCGAGUAUACAAUGCA